AUGCCCCCGAUGCGUACUAUAUUACGCCGCUGUGGCUUUGCUCAACACGAUCUCGGCGACCGUUUGACUUUAGACAUUUGCUUGUUCGUUACUGGGAAAAAGUCGAAAAUCACGGCAUUAGUACGACCAGAUAACGCGUUUAAGGAAAGAAUUGAAAUGGCGGGAGUCUGUGCCUGUGCCGGGCCGACAGCCUUGGUGCCGAGUUUGACAGAUGCGACACCCGCGGCGGUGAAUGACGGUUCUACUCAAGUUUUUGCCCUCAGUAGCUCCUCAAUGACCUCAGCCCUAGCAACGACCUCCUUGCACUUUGGCUAUGAAUCCGCUCUUGGUCCGUCAACCCGCCGCACGGUACGUCUCAGCCAGCUCGACGUUCCCUUCGCGAUGAUUAGAAAGAACCCGUGCUCAGGGUUCAAUUCUGGGGUUCACAAUUUCUGGGGGACUCAUGUCGCUAGCGAUUACUUUCCGAACAAUCGUGCUGCUAUCGCGAUUGUUUAUGCGCAAUCGAAGAUCGCCGAGAAACUCAUCAUUGUUCCAAAUCUUCACUGA